UCACAUGGUUUUAGAGCAACCGGAAGUUUUGAAAGGCUGUGUUGUAGUUCGCUGUUACUUUUUUUGCUGCCACUUUAAAAACACACCGUUUAUAGGUUUUAAAUACACUGGUCAGCAGAGAUAUUCUCCAAGAUGAUUCAGGCUUUGAAAGGCGUCAGACACCUGAAAUCCAGUGCAAUGAAACAAGCGGUUUCAGAGCUCUCGGUUCCCGUCCCAUGGGGAGAGCUCAGAGGAAAAGUCUGGGGUCCUGAUCACGGCCGUCCUGUGCUGUGCGUUCAUGGCUGGGCUGACAACUGUGGUACAUUCAACACCCUCAUUCCACUGCUGCCUAAAGAGUGCAGAUACGUGGCGGUGGACCUGGCAGGUCACGGUCGGUCGUCACAUCGUCCUCCUGGAGUCUUCUACUCGUUUCCUGCGUAUGUGGCGGAUGUACGCAGAGUCGUUGAUGCUCUGCAGUGGAGCAAAUUCUCCAUCAUAGGCCACAGUAUGGGUGGUAACGUUGCUGGACUGUUCAGUGCUCUGUAUCCUGAGAUGGUGGAAGCUGUUGUGCUUCUUGACUCCUACGGAUUUUUACCUACAGAUCCGAAAGAAAUGCCUAAAGUGAUGAGGCAGGGGAUGGAUGAGAUGCUUCAGUUUGAAAAAAAGACAGAAGAGAAGAAAAGAGUUUACACCUAUGAGAAGGCAUUGGAGAGGCUUUUGGCUGUAAACCCUACUCUGUCUGAACGGUCGGCGCGCAUCCUUUUAGAGCGAGGUCUAGUUCAAGUGGAAGGAGGAUUUGUGUACUCUCGAGACUUUCGUAUUAAUCUGAAGAACAUAGUGCGCAUCAGUUUCGAGCAGAGUCUGGAGAUGCAGUCCAGGAUAAAAGCCUCCAUCCUAGUUGUUCUAGCAGAGGGCGGCUUUGAGAAAAUAUUUGCUGAACAUGAUCAAAAGAAAUUUAUAUCAGCGCUUCUCCAGGCCUACAGGGACAAAAAUCACACAGUGGUAAAAGUACCAGGUGAUCAUCACAUCCACCUGAAUGAUCCUGAAGUCGUCGCCCCACUUGUGUCAGACUUCCUGAGGACCAAAGUGUUGGGACAGUCAGACAGGCAGACAGAUGUACAGACCUCUAAGUUAUAGCAAACACACAAAAACAACUGUUUUGUCUGUCACACAUGAAUGAACAACUUUCUGUUAAUGCAUUAUGGAAGGGUGUGAAUUGUUUUAUUUAUACUGGACUGUUUACACUCACCUUGGUGCUUUAUCCACAGUCUGCCAGCUGUCUUAGCCUCAACUAGCUGCCACAUGUUGGUGGACAACUGAAUUAUUUAAAGUAUUUUAGUACAUAUUGAUGUGCACUGUUGCUGAUUUGAGUGACAGUGGCAUUGUGAACAAUAUUAGUCAUGUUUCACACCAAACUGCUUUUCUUUAACUCCAGAUGGGCUGUAAAAUGCAUUAGUCAGAUGUUCUCCUUUGCACUGACAGAGGUCAGCAUCAGUCUGUUAUGCAGUACUGUGUGUAUUUUAGCAGUAAAACGACACUCCUGUAUCGCACCAUUGCUCCAAAACCUACAGCGACUGAGACGCUCAACAACGACCCAAUAAAACACAAGCAUAUUAAAAAAAUGUUUGUGUCCCCUGGAAACCCUUUCGGUGGCGUCUGUGCUUCUUGCAGCACAUCUCUGUAUUUGGUUGAAUUGGCUGAAUUUGCAGCGUAUGUGUUAUAAAGUCGAUGAUGCCGUUUUCUUAAUUUGCUUGUGUUUUGUCUGUUUUCAUUUGUUUAGUUCAGCUGCAGUGCAUCGAGCUCUCUCAGCCGCUGCAGAAACCUCUCAUUAUCAUUUACAGCUUGAAAGUAAGAGUGGAACACUUGAAAACCUGUGGCUACUGAUGGAAUUAUAAGGCAUAAGCUAAAAAAAGUAACAAGACUAAAACUAUGUGCUCAUUAACACUAGUGGGACAAAAACCAUAACAUUUUGCCUGAGGGUGGCACCAGAGGAGAGACUAUGUUGUUUAAAUCAAAGGGGUUUACCUCAAAUACAAUGGCCUGAUGAAGACUAGUCAUCCCCACUUUUUCAGCCUCGGCUGCACAGUAUGUUCUCAGCGGUGCUUUUAGUUUAAUCCCAACAUCCAAGUGUAACUUUGAGCAUGUUAACAUUUCUAAUGUUUUGACAAAAUAAUCUUAACUCAAGGUCAACUCACAGUAUUUUUGUUCAGAGCUUUUAUUGGCACCUCCCUGUUCAUCGAUUAUCACAAAGUAGCUUGAUCUGACCUUGAGACUUUGUCCAUGUGUUAACAGGUGGUCAUAUAUGAGGCGAGAUCUUUGAUCUCUCCUCGUCCGUCCACUGACUCCUGGUCAAGACACUGAUUAAACACAACAUCAGCUGUCCUUGAACACUGGUCCAAAACCAGUCACAGCAUUAACCGGGACAGAAGUCCUCAACCAAAUCAAGAAGGCCAUUUACAUCAAGUGCCAUGAGAUUUUAAAUUGUUCUUGUCAAGCUAAUGUUCCCAAGGUCAAAGUGGAGUCUUGAAGAUGAAGGCAAUUUAUUCAUUUGCAUUAGAUGUUGUUGCUUUUGCGAUUAUCUGCCAUACAGUUAAGUGUUGGUGAAGUGGAAACUUUGACCUGCUGCAUAAAAAGUCACUAAGGCCUCUUCAGGAUUCAUCUUCAGAUGACCAGGAAUAUUUAUUUACACAUAGUUCAUACACUGAGGCAGUAUCAAACUACUCUAUACGGUUUUAUUUAAAUGCAAUUCAAGAACAAAAUAAUUUUGUUUUGAGCUUUGUCAAAGUGCGUCACAAAGAAGAAAUGACUAGGAAGAAGAAAGGCGGCUGAACUCUUUGUUUGGCCCGAUGUGUUUCUGCUGCCCAACAGACUGCUGCUACACCAGCGGGCAGAGGUUUUAUCACCUUGUACCUGCUGUCUUUGACGAUUGUUUGAGAUGCACUGUGUGUAGGUCAGAUGUCUUAGAAGUCUGCUGCCUGCUGUUAAUAUUUCAGCAGAUGUACAGUCUCUCUGAAGUGUGUGUCCUCAUGUUUAAUCUCAAACGUAAGUGAAUAGUGGGAGUGAAGGGUGUGUACUUGAGAGUGAAAGCAGAGAAUGAAUCUGGAUACAAGUGCUGUAACACAAUAUCUGCAAUGCAGCUUUUAAACUGAACACGUCAGGAAUGGCAUUUAUUUUUGAGGAUUAUCUGUAGGACAUCCAGCUACAGUUCCUGAUUUCAAAUGUGUUGUGUUUCUGUGUCUAAUUUUAGAAGUAUUUUAACAUUUGCACAGGCUAUCUGGUGUCUAUAUUUAUCCAUAAAAAUGUGUGGUUAUUUCAGAAUCUGGAAUUUUUGUGAUUUCUGUCCAAGAAAAGUUUUAAAAUGCAGAUGAAUGCAGUUGUUUGACAGAUGUGUAAAAUAAAUGACUGGAGCACUGUCACUUUCUUGGUAAGCCUUCUUGUUGUUUUUUUUUUUUUUUUCUUUGAAUAAUUUACAGUUGUUUUCAGUCAGACACUGUGCUGUAAAUUCAGUUAUAAAUUCACACCAUUUUCUGUUUCUGUGCAACAUGUUGUGACUAAGAUUACAUUGUUGCUGUUG